AUGAGGCUGCCUCCAUCUAAGAAACCAAAAAAUGGGCAUAAGGAUUUACUGGUGCUUGAUAGUUUUCUUCAGGGUACUCAUUUUGUGCGUUGCAUCAAGCCGAAUUCGGAAAUGAGACCAGAUCAGUUUGACGGCGGGCAGAUUCUGGUGCAGCUCAGAUGUGCGGGUAUGUCAAGCGCACUGAAAGUUAUGCAAAGUGGCUUCCCAUCGAGAAUAUCGUACCUGUUGUUGUCGGAUAUGUAUCGAGAUUGUCUACCAAAACGGCUUGCAACACUGGAUGCGCAAAUGCUUUGCAAAGUUCGUCGCAUGCGUUAUUUUGGUACCAACAAGACUGUUUAG